CCGAUAGUCUUAAAAGGUAUUACGAACUCAAAGGUAAAAAAGUUCUAUUAAGCACAGGAACCGACGAACAUGGAUUAAAGAUUCAACAAGCAGCGAUUAAAGAAAAUAAAAGUCCGCAAGAGUUUUGCGAUCAAGUUUCAAAACGAUUUCUUGAACUAUUUGAUACGGCCAAUAUAAGUUAUACAACUUUCGUGCGCACUACGAAUCAAAGACAUAAAGAGACUGUAAAAUACUUUUGGAAUCAACUAACGAAUGGUGGGUACAUAUACAAGGGAGCACACGAAGGUUGGUAUUCAAUAUCGGAUGAGGCAUUUUAUAAUGCAUCUCAAGUUUGCGAAACCGAAACUGCAGGUGGAGGCAGAAUUAGGGUGGCAAUAGAAUCAGGACAGCCAGUUGAGUGGACCACAGAGGAUAAUUAUAAAUUUACAUUAUCAAAAUUUCCAAGUGAACUAAUAAGAUGGCUGGAUGAUAACCCGGAUGUAAUUGUGCCAUCAAGCAGAUAUAACGAAGUAAGAUCAUUGACAAAAGCCGAACUUUCGGAUCUUUCGGUAUCUCGGCCCCGAUCUCGAUUAAAUUGGGGGAUUGGUGUUCCCGGCGAUGAUGAACAAGUCAUCUAUGUCUGGCUGGAUGCUUUAGUUAAUUAUCUAACGGUUUGUGGAUACCCAUGGAACACAAAAGACGAGGGAGAGACACGUGGUUUUGAGGGCGCGGAACUUAAUGCUUGGCCCGCUGAUGUUCACGUAGUUGGGAAGGAUAUCAUAAAGUAA